AUGAGAUCGAGGGGCACGCGUCCCGACGUUGUGACCUUCAACACCGCGAUCUCUGCCUGUGCAUCCAGCAAGAAGUGGGCCGAGGCAUUGCAGCUUCUCGAAGAAGGAAAGAAGCUGCCUUCCGGUCCGGAUCAGCUGACCUACGGCGCAACUAUCAGCGCUUGCGAGGAUCACUGGGAGCUGGCUUUGCAUCUUUUGGAUGAGAUGUCGGCGAGCAAGCUGCAACCGAAUGAGGUGAUUUCGGCCUCGACCAUCCGAGCAUGUUCGAACGGGGACAACCCAGAGUCCGCGAUCGAGCUCUUGCGCGCCCUGCAGCAGAAAGCUGUCAGGUGGCUCCUCUCCAAAAUUAAGGAUGACGGGGUGGAGAUGGACGUUGGGCUGUUCAACGCAGCAAUGGGUGUGUGUCGCCAGGCCCAUGGCUUUGGACACUUGCGGAAGCGGAAUACUGGACUAGUUGAACAACUCUUCAAGGAUGUUCAUUAUCAUCGCUUGAAUCCCGACGUCGUCACCUACAGCCAUGUGAUGGCAGCGGUUCGCGAGGUGAGUGGGAACGGGUCCUGGAAGUCUUGGAAGAAGCGUCCCCUGCUUGGCUUUCUUCCAGUCUCCAGCGAGGGCCUUGACAGCCCCUGCCGGAGGCCAGACAGCCAGUUGUACACCAAUGCCAUUGAUCCGCCAUGUUGCAAAGGUUGGCAGAGUGCCAUGCACUUGCUACGGUACGCGACUGCCGUUGGCAACGCUCUCGGACUCGGAGCCUUCGGGGCCUUGCAUUGCACCAUGGCUUCUGACGCUUGGACAAGGCUGUUGGACAUGUUGCAGGCUGCUGGCGAAGCGCCAGGGACCCUCGUGGCAAAGUUUCGUACAUGCGUCGUGGAUUGCUCUCCAGAGACUUUCGCGCUGCACUGGAAGAGCAUUCUGGACAAACUCGGUGGCCCUGGCGUUGAUUUUAUGAGCCUAGGCGUGAGUGGAUACUUCACAAGCUACACGUACCUCAUAGGGCUCUGUGCCGAGGCGGAGCAAUGGAAUUGGGUGGAGUAUCUGAUGGCCGAGAGUACCACCAGGUUUCCGAGUGCGGAGAACUUCGAUCAACGCCAGGCAUCCGAAGAUCCAAGUCUGAUGAUAUCUGAUGCGGCGGCAUCGCAGUGCCUCGCCUGCCAGUGCUCCAGGCGUGGUGACUACAGGAACCCGAGGAGAAGUAUGGCGAGCCGUUGCCCUGCAGGCACACCUGCUGGGCAAGGACCGUCCGCAAGCCCGCAGUGCCUCUGCGCGGCGACGCCAGGUUGCAGCCACGUCUUCCAUGGCGAGUGUUUGCGCAGCUUUGAGCGAUUUUCUGGCAAGCGGUACUGCCCCCUGUGUCGCUGUCCAUAUUUCGACGCGACGAUCCACUACUCGGGGCUCAUGGUGUGGCGAAAGAAGUCUGCAAGCAGAAUUCAGCGGGCAUGGCGUGGCUACCGCAGCCGUGGGGAGAUCUUCUUGCAGCUCCGGCAACCGCAGCUGCGUGCGGAAGCCCCGACCUUGCACCGGCGCUUCUGCGGAAAGGCUCUGCAGGCGUUGGGAGGCAAGCUGGAGAAGGUUUGCGAGGCGCAUGAGGAUGCCCUCGAUCGAUUUCUUCAGGAGCUGGAUGGCAGCGUGGCAAGCUCUUCAGCACAGAUUCGUGACGGAUUGCGUGACUUUGAGCAGCUCCAUUUCGGGCCUGGAAGCUCCGUGGCAGGUCCCCUGGCUGAGAGCGCCGUGACCGAGGUGGCCCAGGAGGAUGUGCCUUCCUGCUCCGACGGCCAAGCGGAAGGUAGACAGCGCUGGGCGGUUGCCCGACAGAAAGCACUGAGUCGCGGAGAAGAGGUCGACUGUCCCAUCUGCUUCCAAGCCUGCGACUUGCUCGGCCGUGGAAGCGAUCGGGUGGAACUUCUUUCCUGUUCUCAUGUGUUUCACCGCUGCUGUUUGAUGUCCUUCGAGUCCUUCCAUGUCUUCGAGGCCAACUUCAUUGGCUCUCUCCGAAACGCGGGAAUCAUUCGGAUGUUACCCUAA